AUGAGCAGGGUUCCAGUACAACUAGAUGAUUAUAAUGGAUCUGAUCUUCCGACUGGAGAAAUCGCAAGAUUCCAGGUUCUCUACGGCAAAACUUCAACUAGAAAACAUAAAAUUUGGGAAGGCGAUGGCAUUCUGAUUUUGUAUUCAGAUUGUUGUUUGCUGAAAUCAGAUGAUGAAAAGGAUAUUAUUUGCAGGUAUUAUCGAAAAUCUCAUCGGUACCACGCGCUCCACCGAAAUAAACACGCAACGCAGACCGCGUCGCGCUACAACACACACAAAUGAGGGAAAGAUUCAAAUUCCCUCCUUUUUUGUGUGUUGUGGCGCGGCGCGGUCUGCGUUGCGUGUUUAUUUCGGUGGAGCGCGUGGUACCGGUGUGAGAUAAUUGGAAACAGAAAACUUAACAAAUUUCAAAUCCAGAUCUGCUGGUGUUCGAAGAAUCGAUGAUUUGGAAGAUGGGAGAAUUGUUGUUUUGGGUUCGUGGAGUGUAGAAGUUCAAGAGAGAUUAGAGACGAAGCCAACAGCUGUUGUGAAACCGGUGAAGGCUGAACAUGAGAAUUUGAAUAGGAAAAGACCAGCUAUAGAAUUGCCAGAAUCACCAAGAGCAAAGCCGCUUAUCCCAGUUAUUCAGGUGCGAAAAUGGAAAAUUAUAAUUUAAAAAUUGAAUUUCGAAAGUUCACGCUUGAUUUUCAUUCGAAAAAAUUAACAACAUAAGCCUAAAAAUGCCACGUGGAUUUUCUACACUUUUUGAAAGAAUCUAUUAUCGAAAAUCUCAUCGGUAUCACGCGCUCCACCGAAAUAAACACGCAACGCAGACCGCGCCGCGCCACAGCACACACAAAAAAGGGAGGGAAUUUGAAUCGUUCCCUUAUUUGUGUGUGUUGUGGCGCGGCGCGGCGCGGUCUGCGUUGCGUGUUUAUUUCGGUGGAGCGCGUGGUACCGAUGAGAUUUUCGAUAAUACAUUUAGAUUCAAAUUUUUAAAUCUUGUCAUGUAAAUUUCAAACGCUCCAAAAACUUUACAAAAUUCACAGCCCAAUAUUAUUUUUUGCAGAAGUUCAAAUCACCAAUCGCCAUUCUCCCGGCCAAAAAAGGUUUCAAAAAUCCAUUGCUCGGAAUGUCAGGCGAACCCGAGCAAAAACUUCCCGCAUUUUGUCUCAACGAGCAAGAUGUUUUGCAAAAUCAACAGUCACCAAUCUGUGUGGAUCAAAGAUUCGUCAAAUUCCUCCGACCCCAUCAAAAAGACGGAAUACGAUUCAUUUUUGAUAAAUUGAAAGGUGAAUGUGGUGGUGGCGCGAUUUUGGCAGAUGAUAUGGGAUUGGGAAAAUCGAUUCAGACAAUGGCGGCAACUUGGGCGCUUAUGAGAGGAGCGAAAAAUAAUAUAAAUAAUAUUGCUUCGAAAUGUUUGAUUAUUGUUCCUUCAAGUUUGGUGAAUAAUUGGAAAGCGGAAUUCAAUAAAUGGUGGAGGAAUAUGCGAUUUCCAGCUGUUGUCUUAAAAAAGCCUUCAGAUAUUGAUGCAUAUUUAUCAACCCAAAAAUCUCUUCCAUAUCUAAUUAUUAGUUAUGACAUGGCUUCGAGAUAUAUUCAAAAAUUAAAAGCUGUUCGAUUUGAUAUUUUGGUUUGCGACGAGGGACAUAAAUUGAAAAAUAAGGAUUCGAAACUCAGAAAAGGGGUAACUAUUAUCGAAAAUCUCAUCGGUACCGCGCGCUCCACACGCAACGCAGACCGCGUCGCGCCACAACACACAAAAAAGGAGGGAAUUUGAAUCGUUUUGUGUGUGUUGUGGCGCGGCGCGGUCUGCGUUGCGUGUUUAUUUCGAUGGAGCGCGUGGUACCGAUGAGAUUUUCAAUGAGAGCCUAUUAAUAAAAUUAAUUCCAAAAAAAAAUAAUUUGCAGAUAGCUUCAUUGGAAAUUCCUCGGCGACUUAUUCUAACUGGAACUCCGAUGCAAAACGACUUCGAGGAACUCUUCUCACUUUUAGAUUUCAUUCGACCAACCAAUUUUGGGACUUGUGCAAAGUUUUUGAAACUAUGCUCAGAAUCUCCGGAUAAAUUGAAUGAAAUGAUUGAUGAAUGUAUGUUGAGAAGAACUGCCGAGGUUAAUCAAUCGCAUUUGCCGGAGAAACGUGAGCAUUUUUUUGGGGAGGAUUUUUGAAAAGUGAAUAAAAAAUGUUGAAGAGAUGGAAAUAUUACAAAAAUUUAUGAUAAAGGCUUUUUAAGGCCCAGUUUUUGACAGAUCCGAUUAUUCUAAUUUAAAUUUGGCCCGGAUUUGACAGGCCAAUUUGUAAGCCUGAAUUUUCAGGCUUUAUCUUAAUAUUUUAGAUUCAAAUUUGGCCCGGUUUUUAAUGGCCUACUAAGUACUGAAGCCUGAAUUUUCAGGCUCAGAAUUUAUCCUAGUGUUCUAGAUUUAAAUUUGGCCCGGUUUCUACAAGCCCAUGUUGUCAAGCCUGAAUUUUCAGGCUUAGCAUUUAUCCUAAUAUUUUAGAUUCAAAUUUGGCCCGGUUUUUAAUGGCCUACUAAGUACUGAAGCCUGAAUUUUCAGGCUCAGAAUUUAUCCUAGUGUUCUAGAUUUAAAUUUGGCCCGGUUUUUACAGGCCUAUGUUGUCAAGCCUGAAUUUUCGAGCCUAGCAUUUAUCCUAAUGUUCUAGAUUUAAAUUUGGUCCGAUUUUUACAGGCUUAUUUUUAAGCCUGAAUUUUCAAGCCUAUCAUUUAUCCUAAUGUUCUAGAUUUAAAUUUGGCCUGGUUUUCAAAGGCCUAUUUUUUAAGCCUAAAUUUUCAGGCUCAGCAUUUAUCCUAUAAUUCUAGAUUUAAUUUUGGCCCGGUUUUUAUAGGCCUGAAUUUUCCUGAAGCCUGAAUUUUCAGGCCUAAAAUUUAUCUUAUGUUCUAGAUUUAAAUUCGGCCUGGUUUUUAUAGGCCUGAAUUUUCCCGAAGCCUGAAUUUUCAGGCCUAGAAUUUUUAAAUAUCGUUUUUGAACAAGGUUAUAAUUUUUAUGCUUGAUCUAGGCUAAAUUUCUGAUAAACUUCAAUAAAAUUUUAAAAAUUCAGAAAAAAAUCCCUAAUUUUCCAGAUGAAUAUAUCUUCUUCUGUAAAGCCUCCGAAAUCCAACAAAAAGUGCACGAAGAAAUCUGUGAUUAUAUGACAGGCGACGCACUUUCUCUCAUAUUCUAUGCUCGACAAUUAUCCAAUCAUCCCAAAUUAAUGUACGACAAUUUAUUGGAAAAACACGAAAAAGGCAACAAAAAACAUUCGAGUCUUCUCAAUCAUUUCAGCGGAAAAAUGAUGCCAACUGGCGGUGUCAAAGAAUCCGGGAAGUUAUCGGUUCUUCUAGAAAUGUUGAAAUGUUUUCGACUUCUCAACGAAUGCGCAGUGAUUGUUUCGAAUUUCAUCGAAACUUUGGAUAUGAUUGAACAACUUUGCAGUUAUUUGCAAUUCAAAGUUUAUCGAUUAGACGGAAAAGUUGCUGUGCAAGAUAGGCAAAAACUCGUCAAACAAUUUAAUGAUGUUCACGAUGCGCACAAUGUUUUUCUGUUGAGCACAAAAGCUGGUGGCGUGGGGUUGAAUCUGAUUGGUGCCAGCAGAUUGGUGCUGUUUGAUUCGGAUUGGAAUCCGGCGAAUGAUCAACAGGCGAUGGCUAGGAUUUGGAGAGAUGGACAAAUUCGACCGUGUCAUAUUUAUCGAUUGGUUACUACAGUAGGCUCAAAGUUUUCUCUUGGGUUUUUGAAGGGACUAAAAACAGACUUAUCUACUGAAAAAUAGAAUAUUUGGGACCAAAAUUUUCGGAUUUUCUGGUUUUUUCAAGGAAAAAUCAAUUUUCCAGUUUUCCGGAUCUUCAAUAUUGCUUAAAUUUUGGGAGAAUUUCUCAGUUUAUGAUGAAAAAAUAUGAAAUUUUUCAAAUUUUACUAUUUUUGAACGGAAAACGUCUCAAAUUGUAGUUAAAAUAAGUUUUAGUGCCAACUUAAGACUGAAAAUCGAAAAUUUAAGACCUUGAAAAAUUUUCCGGAUUUUCCGGCACAGGCCUGGACCAAAUCCAAAAAAAAAAUCAUAACGGAAUUUUAGUGAAUUUUUUAUAAUCAAAAAUAUCAGUUUCAAAAUUAGCAUCCAAAAGUUCGAAUUCUGAAAUGCUUGAUAAAAAUAAUAGAACAAAUUGGUUCAAACAUUGGAUAUAUUCCAGUUGUUGCUGAUGCAAUACUCGCAUAUUUUCCCAAAUGACAAUUAAACAUUGGAAGAAAUAAUAAUAAACCAAUUGGUGUAUACAUUAAUAAAAAUGCUCAGGAGAACGACCGCGAGAUCUGCGCGAAACGCGAACCCCAGAAGUCCGCUAAAACGCCGCGCAUCCGCCGCGCUUUAGCGGUGUUGUAACAGCGUUUCGCGUAAAUUUCGCGGUUUCAUUAUCGCGUUUUGCGUGAAUUUCGCGGUGUCCUCUCAAUUUCAAAACAAAAUGGCAUCAUGAUCGAUCCUCACAUUCAGGUGAUCAUCAUUUGUAUUUAUCACACUCACCCAACCUCGAACCCACAAUCUCUCACCUCGAAUACAUUUGUUUUACCCACUUGACCAUGCGCGCACGUGACGCGAAUAGCGAAAAUGUUUUUUAUAUACCAUGCUACUGCGCGAAAAUGUCGCGAAACGCUCCAAUUCGGUCGAGGAAGCCCGCGAAAUUUCCGCAAAACGCGAAGUUCCCCGCAAUUCGCGCAAAUUUCGCGACGUCCAGUCUACCGGGUCCCAUAUUGCGCGAGGUUUGUGCGAAACGCGCGAUUCUCCCGCGAAGGUUGAGCGAAUCGCAGAGACCCCGCUUUUCGCGCAGAUUUCGCGGUCGUUCUCCUGAGUGGAAGUAAUGUUUGAAAUAUCAAUGUUGUCAAAAUUUGUCUCUCGAGUCUUUGAAUAGUAAGACUAUUAUUUGAUUUUUUAAAACUUUUUGAGUAAAUUGAAACUGCACAAAAUAUACAAAUAAACGAGCAUAACAUCUGAAAUUUCUGAAAAAUUUGACAAAAACAGCCCGAGUGCGGUGUUCGGUGCGAGACCCAUAUGCCCAAUGGGAUGGUGGUGUUAGUGACGCAGAGGAAUACCGUACUUGGGGACCCCGAGUUGGAGAAAUUUGAAUUUCUGCCCUCUCUUUUUGACAAAAUUUUAUUUUCUCAAAAGAAAGGCUAAAAGGUCCGAAAAUGCCAUGAAUUUUAACUUACAAUUAUAAAAAUACACAACAAUGAACAUGAGAUUUCAACAAUGUCAUAAUCAAUUUCCGAAUUUUGUUGAAUUUUCCAAUAAAGUGAUGCAACAUAAGAAAUGUUUGUCAUAUUUUUGUUGAAAGCCUCAUAAAUAUCUUCACUUAAAAGAAUAUCUUUUUCAUUAUUUUGUCUCAUUCCAGUAAAUAUAAGUUGAUACCAUAAAAUUGUUAUCAAAAAACAUGGGAUAAAUAAUAAAAUUUUUGAAUUAUCCAAAUGUUUUAGAUAUUUUGAUUUGCAAACAACUAUGAAUCGAUAGAAAAAAUGGGUAGAUAAAAGAGUUAUACUCAAACAACAAGAUGAACAAAAUGUUGAGACAAAAUAAAAACCAAUUUCUCGAUCGAUGAAAUCAAUUUGUCUAUCCAUAAUAACUAUGAAAGUUGAAGGAGUUGAAUAAAUAAUUGGUUGAACAAUUAUUUCAACCCACGAAAAAAUCAUGUUAUAACACGAGAAAACUAACAUUAUAUAUUUAUAGCCACCAAAUGAUGUGUUAGGUUUACUGAUAAUUAGAUAAAUCAAAAUGGAAUUGAUGAUUUGGGACCCGAAAAAUCCGAUAUAUUGAAAAAUGUGAGGAUAGAACAUUGGAAAUGAUUGAAUGAAAGAUGUCAGAAGUAGUACUUAUAUUUUGGUUUUUUCUGCUUGAAAGACUUUGAAAAACAAGAAAAUGUCCUUUUUUUUUCUUGGAAAUCACGAAAAUUUUGUUACUACAAAAAUUUAUAGACUUAUUGACCAAACAUUAUUGUGAUUCAUAAAUGAAUAAUUUCAAAUUUAACCCGAAAAUUGUAAAUUUUCAAAAAAAAAACUCUGUUUCCAGGGAACAAUUGAGGAGAAAAUGCUACAACGUCAGAUCAAAAAAACUGGCCUCGGAUGUGUCAUCGAUGCGAUCGAAGUUGGCGAUUCGGUGUCCACUUUCAGCGACGAAGAACUUCAUGAUAUAUUCUCAUUUUCACCCGAUACAGAAUGCAAUACACACGAUUUGUGUGAAUGUAAAUGUGAUGGAACUGGAAUGUUUGAAAGCGAAAUUGUUGAUAGUGAUGAGGAGGAAGAAGGAAAUGAAGAAGAAGAUGAUGAUGAGACAAGUUUUGAUGAUGAACAAUUAGAAGAAGAUGAGGAUACUUUUGUAGCGGAUAGUCAAGUUGUGCGAAAUGAAAAGGAAAAAUCGAAGAAAUCGGAAGAAAUUGAGGAAAAAGAUGAGGAAACUGUUAGUUUUUUAAAAUGGGGUGAUUCAGUCGAUUUUUUUGUCAAUUAAAGGCAGCUGAGUUUUGAGGUGUUAUUAUAGCUUUCAUUUCCCAAAAUUCAAUUCGAAAAACUCGCAGAAAAAUGAAUAAAUUCAAAUGGGUUUAAAAAGCGCGGUACACACAUACACCGCGACGCAAAAUUACACACAACACAAGAUUUGCUGACUACAGUAGUCUAAUAUAACUUCAUAAACGAAAAAAAUUUUAAAAAAUGUUUUUUUAACACUGAAACGAAAAGUAGGUUCAAGGUUUUUCAGCCAAAAAUGAUGACAAAUCAAUAUUUUUCAAGUUUCUCGAGUAAUUUCUGAUGAAAAUAAGCUUCGAGAAGCCUAUUUUGCUUUAUUUUAUGAAUUUUUUCGAAUUUAAAAUUUUUUUAUUUUACGAAAAAUCAGCAAAACCAAGUGAAUUCCAAGGUCAAUUUUAAUCAGAAAUUACUCCAGAAGCUUAAAAAAUAUCGAUUUGUCAUCAUUUUUGGCUGAAAAACCUUGAAAAACUAAUGUUUUUUCGACAUUUUUUGACUUUUCGUGAAUUGAUCUUUCGAUGUUUAAAAAAAAUUUUAAACAUUUUUUUCGUUUGUGAAUCAGCCCAUAAGAAACUAGAAAAAAAGUUGUGAAAAAGACAAAUUUUCUGAGAUUUUGAAAACCUUCAGGAUUUUCUAUGAUAUUAAAAAAACAUUUUUAAAUCAAUAAAUAGCUUGAGAAAUGUUCCAGAAUUCAAACUAUUUUUCUGAUCCAUAAAACAUUCCAGUGCCACGUCAUAACUAAAUAAUUCAAAUUUUUGCAGCGUGCCUCACUUGCCGAACUCUCCCGCUGGCGACAUUUUUCACCAAGACACCCCGACACUUGGCGACAUUUAUUGAUCAAUUCUGGAAUUUCGACACAAAAUGAUAAUGAGAUGAGUUUUGCGUUUUAUUUGACGUCGCAAUUUUAA